AUGAUAAAUGGUAAGAAAAAUAGAAGUGCAAAGACGAAAAAUUAUAUAAUUAAUGUUAAUUGCUAUACAUGGAUAAACAAUAGUCAUGGAUUAUUUGAUUAUGAAAGUGAAAAUUUUUAUAAGAAAUGUUUUAAAAUAAAAUGUUUAUAUAAUUUUUAUUAUAUUUUAAAAGAUGAUAUAAACGUUGAAAUAAAAAAUGAAGAAGAAAUAAGUAAAAUUAUGUUAAAUAAUACUAACUUAAAGUUAAUAUGUAAAAUAAAAUAUAUAAAUAAUAACUAUCAGUUAAUUCCAUGUAUAGAAAAUAUAUAUGAUGAUACAAAUAAUAGUGAUACCAAAAUAAAUGAAUCUAAUGAUAAUAAUAUGACGGAUAAUCAUAUAGAUAAUUUCUGGGUUAUUGUAAAAUAUUUAAAAAAUAAAAGUUCUGUGUUGCAUGAAGAUGAUGUAAUUAAAUUAGGAAGAGUUAAGUUGAAAAUAAAAAAAAUUAUAACUAAUAUUCAGCAAGAAAAAGAGUAUAAUAAAUCUAUAUCUCCAUUUGAUGAUGAUGAAUGUGAAACAGUUGCACCUGAAACUGAACAUUUUACAGGUAGCAAUAUAAUUGAAAAAAAUAUGAUUAUUAAUAAUUAUAUGAACAGUGUUAAUGGACAUGUAAAUUUCGAUAGUAAUUUAUCAGGAGAUAUAUGUAUUCAUUGUGGUACUAUAAAUAAAAGUAAUAACACAGAUGAUAUUGGUUAUAAAAAUAAUAAUAGUAAUAAUGAGGAUUCUUAUGUAAAAAAUUAUUCCUCGAAUAAUUUAUCGUCUGGAAUUACUAAUAAUAAUAAUAAUACACUCAAUAAUUCUUAUAUAGAUGGAGCAUAUUCAUUUAAAAAUAAUUUAUCAAAUGAUAUUUAUCAAAAAUGUUCAGAUAUAGAUAAUAAACUUCAUCUAAAUAAUUAUAGUAAUAAUACUAAUAUAUAUAAUAGUUAUACUAAUGAAACAAAUAAUAAUAUGAACGAUUUUGAAGAUUCAAAAUAUAAAAAUAGUAUGGAUAAAAAUUGCAAAAUAAUAAAAGAAAACGAAAUUGGAGAUUUAUAUAGAAAUUUAAUGAACUCAAAUGAUUCAUGUGAAAAUUUAAUUCCAUUUAGAUUUAACAUAAAUGAAAAGGAAAUAAAUUCAGUUAAUGAUUACGGAGAUUUUGAUAAUAAUAAUAAUAAUAAUAAUAUCAAAUUAAACAGUAAUGAAAAUGGUGAAUAUAAUAUAAAUUCAAAAAACAAUAAUAAUAAUCAUAAUGCUGAUAAUAUAAAUAGUAAUAAUAGUAAUAAUAAUAAUCAUAGUAAUAAUCAUAAUACUGAUACUAUAAAUAGUAGUAAUAGUAUCAUGAAGAAUAAGUGUGAUAUGAAUAAAACAGAAAAUGGGGAAAAUAAUGAUAUUAUAAAAAAAAAGGAUGAAAUAAUUGUUUUGAGCAAUAAUGAUAGCAAUAUAUCGGACGAUUUUAUAAUUUCAUGUACAUUAAAAGAUAAUAAUAUUCAUAAUAAUAAAAUGAAAUCACCGUACUUAAAAGAGAGUAAUUGCACAACUCAUAGUUGCUGUCAUAAAAACAUUUUAAAUAUAAAUAAUUCUGACAUGCAAAUGAAAGAAAUUUCCUUAAAUUCAAAAAAUAUUAGAAAUAUAGGAGAUUAUGAUGAUAAAAAAGAUGAAAAUAAAAAUGUAUAUGAAACAAAACAAGUUGAAAACAAUGACUUGGAUUAUUUAAAAAAUUCUCCUAUUCACAUUAGUUAUGUAAACAUAACAGAUAAUAAUAAUGCUGUGAAUAGUAAUUUUGGUAAUAAUAAUGAGAGCAAUAGUAAAGAGCCCAUAGUAAGAAAUAUAAAUUAUAAGGAGUUAAAUAAUCGUUGUUGUAACCAUUAUUAUGAGAGAAUGGAUCUCAAUGAUAAGAAAAAUAGAUAUGAUAAUGAUGAAAAUAGAAAAUUGGGAAAUGAUUUUUUUAAUAAUAUAAAUUUGUUAAGAAGAAAUAAUAUUAAUAAAAAAAAUAAUAAUAAUAAUAUUAAUAGUAAUAAUAGUUCAUUAAAAGGAACUAAAAAGGGAAAUAAUUAUGAAAAUGUGGAUUUUACAAAUAAAGAAAAAGGAGAAAUGAUAAAUAGUGCUAAAGAAUAUUAUAUUCAAUAUAAAAAAGGUUUUUCUAUUUCAAGUUUAUAUAAUUGUAGAAUAUGCUUAUGUGAGUAUGAUGAUGUAAAUAAUCCAUUAAUAUCACCAUGUAAAUGUAAAGGUUCUAUGAAGUACGUUCAUUUAAAUUGUUUGAGAACGUGGAUGAGAGGAAGAUUAAAUGUUAGAAAUGACUGUUCUUCUUAUUCUUUUUUUUGGAAACAAUUAAAUUGUGAAUUAUGCAAAUUUCCAUAUCCAACAUAUAUAUAUGUGCAGAAUAAAUAUUUAGAGUUAUAUGAAAUACCAAAGCCUGAAUUGCCAUAUAUAAUUAUUGAGCUAAUUAAUGAUAGAAAUAAAGGUUUUUAUAUUGUUAGUCUAGCAAAUACGAAAUAUGUUCGAAUGGGAAGGGGACAUGAUAGUGAUGUCCGUGUUAAUGAUAUUUCUGUGUCAAGAUUUCAUGCAAUGAUUAAAUUUCAUAAUGGAAAUUUUUAUAUAGAAGAUUGCAAAAGUAAGUUUGGGACAUUAAUUCAAAUAAGAAAACCUGUUUUUUUUAACAUAAGAAGAAAUAAAUUUAUUGCUUUGCAAAUAGGUAGAACUGUUAUGUAUGUGUACAUGAAGAGAAAAAAUUGGAUAUUUUUGCCAUUAUGCCUAAAAUUAUCAAAAACAAAAGAUGAAGAUGUCAGUACUCUUGAUAACUUUUCCUCAAAAUUAUUAAUAGAUAAUAAUAUGCAAUUAACAAAUAACAAUUUUGAAUAUAAUAGAAUUAAUAACGAAUUAUCCAAUUAUGAAAAUAUUAAUCAAACUAUUGAAUGUGUGAAUAAUCACGUUUUAAAUAAUAGCAGAAAUGAUAAUAUCACUUCUGUGCAUAAUAUAAAUAACCAGAAUGAAAAUAAUGAUUUAAAUGUUAAUACUAAUAACACAUAUAGUUCUUCAAGUAAUAGUAAUAGCAAUAAUGGUAAUAUUAAUCAUAUAAAUAAUUAUAAUAAUAAUGUUAGUAGUAAUAAUAAUGGUGACGUUAAUAAUAAUAAUAAUGUCAUAAAUAAUAAUAAUAAUAAUAAUAGUUAUAGUAACUGUAAUAAUAUAAGUAAUAAUAGUAAUACUAAUAAUAUGAAUAAUUAUAACAAUAAUGUUAGUAGUAAUAAUAAUGGUGAUGUUAAUAAUAAUAAUAAUGUCAUUAUUAAUAAUAAUAAUAGUUAUAAUAACUGUAAUAAUAUAAGUAAUGAUAAUAAUAAUAUCAAUGAUAAUAAUAGUUACAAUAACAUUAAUAGUAAUAAUAAUAAUUCCAAUGAUAGUCAUUGUUAUAAUAAUUGUAACAGUGACAAUACUAAUAUUAAUACUACUACUACUAAUAAUAAUAAUAACAUAAAAAAUAAUAAUGUAAAUAGCAAAAUUUGUAACCAUAGUAAUGAUAAAAACGAAGAUAUACAUGGAAAUAGUGACGAUAUUAAUAUAAGCAUAAAUAGUAAUAAUGAUGAUGAAAAUAUUACUCUUAAUAAUAUUUCAGCGAGUCAUGAUAACAAUAUGAAAAUUUUGAAAAAUUCAAAUAGUUAUGGAAGGAAUAAUAAAAACAAUACCAAUAAUUGUGACAAUAUAAAUAAUAACGAUUUAGAAAAUUAA